CGACCAAAAGCUAAGCGAAAAGCCGCGACGAGGACUGAUUGGUAGCAUGUUUGCCGAAAAGAUCCUAUUAAUAACGCCGCUCUUACAGUGGUAUGUAAAAAAAGGUUUAGAAGUAACAAAUAUUUACGAGGUUAUAUUACAGAAUUCAUUCCAAAAACUUGUAUCGAAGGAUAUUGCCGAUCAUGUUAGCGAGGCCAGACGCGAGGGUGAUCGUGAUCCGACUACUAAAAUUAUAGCUGAAACGAUGAAACGUGCAAUUGCGAAAAAUGGCAAUUCUGGCAAUGGUCAUUCACUGACCAACAAAGAGAAACAUCUUAACGUGAAUUACUAUGACGAAAAUAACGUCGGAUUAGCCGUUAAUGAUCCACAUUUCAGAAAAUUAGAUAUUAUUGAGGACAACUUUUAUCAGGUCUCUAAAACCAAAACAUCAAUCAAAAUUAACCUGCCCAUGCAAGAAAACAGAAUUUUUCGUCUACCAAUAUGCAAAAUUUCGACUGUUAGGUUUUAUUACGAUUUCAUGGCCAAAUAUAUUGCCCUGAUUUUGAAUAUUGCGAGAUGGACACAGACUCCGCGUAUCUGGCACUUGCCGGCGAAAGUGUCGAUCACUUGACCAAACCCGAGCUCCGAGCUGAAUACGAACGCGAAAAACAUGAUUGGUUUCCGCGAAAUUACGGAAGUUCGACAAGCGCACACCAAGUUUAUUUAAAACCGAGUUUGAAGGGCAGGAAAUAA